AUGGAGGCACUAGAUUGUACUGUGGUGGUGCUGGGUGAUGCGAUUGGGGUACCGGACUAUACUGUGGUGGUGCCGGGUGAUGCGGCUCGUACCGAGGUGGCUCAGAAUCCUCCCGCUGCAGAUGUGGCUCAAACUGUGACAACGGGAGAGGGUCGGUCAGAAUUAAUCCAGACUUUUAUUUAUCAGGGAAGUAAGGGCCUUUCGGCAGAUGCUAUUUGUCGAGGAGAAGUUUACCAAGCUGUGGAUGAAAGCUCCAAGCCAGUGACUGCUAAUGGAACUGAUCCAAGUAGGAAGAAUGAGAUUUCCAGAAAUGAUAAUUCUUCAAAAAGAUUAGACCAUAGUUCUGUCACAGAACAUUACAGAAAUAUUGAUACAAGUGGCAGAGCUGGAUCUGACAAUUUAGUCUCUGCAAAGGCUGCUGAAUUGGAAACUGAUCCGGAGACUGUUUCAAAAAAAAGGGGACGGAAACCUAAUUCUUUGAUGAAUCCAGUAGAAGGCUAUGAUCAUUCUUGGAUUUGUACAAUUAACAAAGACCCUAAAAUAUCUCAUGGCAAAAAGACUCAUGAAAAAGGAGUUGAUUUUUCACCUUCCACAACCCUAGUUUUGAAGAAGGCACCUUCAUCCUCGGCACAGGAAGGAGUAACUAGGACUGCAAGGGUUUCCUCUAAAACUAAUGCAAGCAAAAGUUUCUCUUCCCCAUCUGCAAGUAGUCUUCCAGGUGGAGAUCAUUCUGCUCAGAGGCGACCUAAGAAGAAACACAGCAUGAUGGAUCAGGAUGAUGACCGUAUCUCCAAGAGCAAGGUCUUGACUGCUUUGGUUGAAAACAAAGCACCACAACAUGCAGAUAUAACUGCAGAAGUUGAACCUGAAGACAGAAGUAAACCAGUAACUAAAAAAAGAAAAAACUCAAAACUUGGACAUGCCAUGAAGGAGAUUGAGCAGACAACUCAGGCACCUGGCUGUGUGUACUCAGAGAAAGAAGGAAAAGCCUCAAUUGAUACUGAGGAAAGAGAGCUGCGUCGGACAGUAGUAAAAAUUGAGGCUUCUGAGAACUGGCUUCCGGAUGAUACUACUGCAAACAAAGUUAUUACCGAAGCAUCUAGGAAAAAGAAGGUGAUUUCUAAGUCUUCAGGAAAAGAAUCUGGUAAAAAAGAAAGUAACAUUGACGAAAUGCCUAAGAGAAAUCUCAAAAGGAAACUAACUACAUGCACUGAAACGGAAUCAAAAGGGUUUCGCCGUGGUGAGGAAUUGAUUGGCAGAAAAAUAAAGGUUUGGUGGCCCCUGGAUAAGAUGUUUUAUGAAGGUAUUGUUGAUUCCUAUGAUCAUAUAAAAAAGAAACAUAGGGUGUUAUAUUCUGAUGGUGAUGAAGAACUAUUGAAUCUCAAAAAGGAGAACUGGAAGCUGAUUGGAAAUAAUGAUUUCCCUGAGGGAGAGAAUGACAUCAAUCGUCCAAUGCAAGAGAAUUCAUCAGAUUUAGUACAGAAGGUGAAAGACAAGAAGAAAGAAAGUGAGUCAGCCAAACGAGGGAAGGCUGAUUCGUCUGCAAGAAGGAGUGGAGCUGGAAGUAUCUCAUCCAAAAUCAAGGCCAGAAAACGUGUUAAAACUGUUGAUAAAACGACCCAAGACAACUCUAUUGGCACUGACAAGCCAAGAAAAGAUGCCUCUGCAAAAGCUUCAAAAGUUGAUCGUCUGAAAUUGAAAGGCAUCAAGCUGGAGGGUGAAAACUAAAGCAGAGACUCAUAGGGACUCAGAGUGAUGACAAAGUAAAUGUGAAAGUUGAGGCCGAAAGAGCAUUUUGGGAGUUUUGGUAAAGACAGAAUAGGCGCUGGGUUGUGGCCAUUCUGUUUUGUUUAUACAGCUGUACAUAUGGGAUGUCUAUGUAGUGAGAGUAGGCGGGCCGGGCCUUUAAUGGUGUUAACUGUCCUCUUUGAAUUGGUGAUAAUUUAGCAACUAUCCACACAAAAAGAUCAAAAUAUUGAACGAUCUUUUGAGUGGGCUUGAAGAUAGCUGUUUUAUCUCAUAGGCUGAAAUGGACUCUUCACCCAAUUAGUUUUGUGUUGUGGAAA